GCAGACCAUCCACGACAUGGCAGUGGACGACGAUGCGGCUGCGGCGAUCCCGACGACGCCAUCCCUUGAUCCGACACCAAGUGCGUUUCGAGCAUGGGUGGAACAAGAAGCACUUAUGAUCAUUGGCCUGCUGGCGGCCACUGGAGUCAUUAGCGGUGGGUUUGUUUUGGGCUUGCAUCGCAGGAAAGCCCGCGAGUUGCAUGAAUUGGAGCGAGAACGGACUCGCAAGGGUUCGAAGAAGAUCGUGGUUGCGAAACCAGUUGCUCGCAAGAAGUUGCCAACGGGUGUGACGUGGUGGGAACGAGCGAUCGGCGUCAAGUCGUCCAAGAUGUCAGCGGCUGCUGCUGCACGAAGCGCGCUCAUCGGUGGCACCGUCUUGGCUACUGCCGGCACGGGGGUGAUUGUGCUUGGCAUAGCGGCGGCCUCAGGAGUGUCAAGCUAUAGUGAUUUCCAUUCCAAGAUGAGCGUCGUGGUGCCUCGUUUCCGAAAGAACGUGGGGGACUUCUUUGGCAUUGUGCCCAAGGCUGGUCCGACCCCGGAGCAGUUGGAACAGGAUCGUCAAGACAUGGCCCUCCUUGUAAGCAUUUUCUCCGAAGAGGAAAAAGAAAACUAAGCUGCCACGCACAUAAUACAACUCAAUUUAUCCACGAA